UUCCACAUGUGACUGUUCAAAACAAAGAUGGCACAUGAGAACUUCGAACCAACAAACGGUCAUCACUAACGUGUGUUCGAAGCGAAAAUGAAACCUAACCACCGUGUGUCUGACAUUGAUCCCUUACAGGCUGCUGAUCCCGUCAUUCAGGCAUGACACUGCAAAUAUCAGCUCUCUUUUCAUAUAUCAGAGCCCCACUGGGCACUGGCCCUCUGUUUCGAGUCUGUGCUGACUUCCAGGGAGUCGGUGUCAGGUUCAAACACAUGUUAACUGCUGGAAGCUUCCAGCUGGUAGGAAAGCCAGCAACAAGUCCCAUCCGCGGCCAUAUUAAAGCUGCGCUCCGAGCUGAGAAGUUUUCGACAACAGCAAUUUGGAAGUCCAGCCAAGGUAACUGUACCUCCUCACGCCGGGGGAGGAGAGGUUGGCUGACCAAGGUAGCCCUUGGUGCCGCCCUCGGAGCGAGCUCAGUCGCACUUGUCCAGUAUCUCCACACUGGAAUAGUUAACGCCAUGGCCCGCAAAGUGAACCUGAACUCCGCUGAGGGAGACUGGAAGGAAACCAAGGACUCCUUGCUAUCUCUGUCUGUGAAGGACAGGCGUCAGCACUACAAGAUGUCUAACUUUGUGUCACUGGAAGACGUCUCGGUGUGGACUCCCACUGCAGGCGGCUCUGCACAAACUCUCUACCAGAGGAGUGAAAAAUUGGACCAGAAGAUUUCCCUCUAUAGCGGUGACAUCACCAAGCUGGAGGUUGAUGCUAUUGUCAAUGCAGCCAACAAGACUCUGCUCGGCGGAGGUGGAGUGGACGGAGCGAUCCACCGCGCUGCAGGUCCGCUGCUAAAGAAGGAAUGUGCUUCCCUACACGGCUGUGAGACCGGAGAGGCCAAGAUCACUUGUGGCUACGGCCUCCCAGCAAAGUAUGUGAUCCACACUGUGGGGCCGAUUGCACAAGGAGGAGUGGGAGAGGAAGAGAAGAAAGCCUUGAGGUUGUGUUACAAGAACAGCCUGACAACAGCUACCGAACACGCGGCACGCUCUGUGGCUUUCCCCUGCAUCUCCACUGGAGUCUACGGAUAUCCACCGGAGCAGGCGGUGCGCGAGGCGUUGGCAACUGUGAGGGAGUAUCUGGAUGAACAUCAUGACAAGCUGGACAGAGUCAUCUUCUGUGUGUUCUUGCCGACGGAUAAGGAGCUGUACUUGCAGACCCUCCCGCUCUACUUCCCUGCUGCACCAGCAGAGGCCACAGUCAAGAGUAAACUCUGAGAGAGUGGAUUGGUCUGAUUUGGUUGCCGUGGAUACACACCGCUACGCUCAACAUUCAGAUUCCUCCACCUUGUUGCAGAUCGAGACCUUCUUCAGCAGGAAGAUAACUCCUAAAUGGAUGAUUGCUUUUUUUUAAAGUGCACGCUGGCUGUUCAGCAGAUGUCAAUGAAUUCUUCUGUUUUUCCCAUGAAUGGAUGAGAGACAUGUCGUGAUGGUGUGAAAUGAUAUUGAUAAUUGUUGUGAAAAAUGUGACCUUAAGCUGCAUUCUAACUUGACCUUUAUUGUCUUUGAUCAGCUGCGCAUCAAGCUAUGUCCUGAGCUAUUUACAUAUUGGGAUUCCAGUGUGUGUGUGUGAGGUGUGAGACAAUGACAAAAGCUUAUUAAAAUGAAUUACACAGGC